AUCCCCUAAUUAAUUCAUUUUUAUUUGUCUGUGUUACUAUCUACUCUUGAUCCAUACACUUAAUAGAUUUUUGCACUUUCGUAGGAAUACUAUAAAUAGAAUUUUAUGUUCAUUUUAAGUUAAUGUAAUACUAUAAGUAUCUUUCCCCCACAAUCCUUGCGCCCCUCAACUUUCCUUUCCCACUUUUCCUGUACCUCCUACUGCAUACUCUCUCCAACCAGUGUCAGUGCCAACAGCACUGGGUCCUUCCUCAGCUUUCUCGACGCCCAUUCAAAAAUAUCCCGCCACAUUCACACACAAAUGGGAUUCUCUUCUUGCUAUCGAUUUAAACAUUUUUAUACAGCUUUCUUGUUUCACUUAACAACACACCGUGGAUGUCUCUCUAGGUCAAUAGGCAGAGAUUCAAUGCACGCUGGUUCGAGCUGUGUUAAGAGUCUGGACAACGAUCAACCGCGUUGCUCCCAGAACCCUCCCCCCUCCACACAAAAGCUUUUAUACAUAACUUCUUUAUCGUUCCUUUUACUUCUAGAAGAUUCUCACAAGAGAGACUGCUGGGUCAAAGGUCACGCACAUUAAACAUUUUAAUAACUAUUCCGGGAUUACUUUCCCAAAGGGCUCUCUCUAACACUUCACAUUUCCAUCAGCAAUGCUUGUGAGGGUCCCUGUGCCCCCGAUGGCCUUUAAUAUUCCAUCUUCACUCAGCAGGGGUGGGGAGAAACGGCUUUUCUUUUUAAAAGGAUAUACCCUUUCAAGUUUAAAAUAAGGGAUUCACUGCCUGCACUGAAAAGAAGGCUAACACUGAAGCCCGUUUUCCAAUUCGGCGUGAUUGCUUUCCCCUGGCGGGGCCCCUGUUCCUCUUCCCAGUUUCCCUGAGCGUCGUCUAGGGUUUGGCUUCCGCGACGCCGGCCGGCCGUUUGCAGGGGAGCGUCUCCUGCCGCUCCGCCUAGCGCUGGGGGCAAAGGUGCGGGGUCCGCUGGCCGAGCUACUUCCCGAUGCCCGGACUCUGAGGGGGCGGCGCGCGCUCCCGGGCGGCCCCACCACUCCUCGUCCGGGCGAAGGCGCUUCGAGAACGCCGAGCGCGGCGCCCAAGGCUGUGGUGACUCUUAUUCUUUCACCACUUUGAGGGACCCGGCGACGAAUCCCCGGGACGCCGAAGAAGCGGCUGCGCAGUUCCGACGGGGCGGGCGUGAGGCCUAGCGCCGCGGUGGGCGCUGGGGCCGGAAGGCGCCGAGCCCCGCUCAGCUGCGGGCCGGGGGCGUGGCGAGGCCGGAUUCUGUUUCCCCCCCGGCCCUGAGGAACUUUCGGUUUCGUUUCCGGCCGGCGUCUCCACCUCCCGGGAACCGCCCGCGCCCCUUCAGUCUCAGGCCCGACGGCCAUGGCGCCAACCGCACUCCUCCGUGAGGUGACGCAGGUGCUGUGCGCGGCCGGGGGCGCCUUGGAGCUGGAGGAGCUGCGGCGCCGCUUGCGGCCGAGAGUCAGCAAAGAUCUGCUGGAGCGGCUGUUGCGGGAGCGCGGGCUCUUGGCUGUGGCGCAGCGGGCGGCCGGGGCCGGCGCGGCGGCCGUCGAGCGUGUGGUGCUGGCCGUGUCGCCGCUGCGCGUGUGCGGCGCGUACCAGGGCCCGAAGCCGGGCUGCGUGGGGCUCUGCGCUCAGCUGCACCUCUGCAAGUUCGUGUUCUACGGCAAGUGCAAGUUCCUGAAGGACGGGAAGGACUGUAGGAACGGUCACAACUUGACGUCCGAUCACAACGUGAGCGUGCUGAAAACUCACGGCGUGGACCACCUCAGCUACAGUGAGCUCUGCGUGCUCUUGUUACAGAAUGACCCCUUGCUCUUGCCGGAGAUCUGCCUUCAUUACAACAAAGGACAUGGACCCUACGGCUCUUGUUCCUUUAGAAAGCAAUGUGUCAAACUCCACAUCUGCCAGUAUUUUUCACAGGGUGAAUGCAAGUUUGGCACUGGCUGUAAGAGAUCCCAUGAUUUCUCUAAUUCUGAGAACCUGGAAAAACUGGAGAAGUUGGGCAUGAGGUCAGAGCUGGUGAGCAGGCUGCCUUCCAUUUACAGAAAUGCUCAUGACAUCAAGAAUAAGAGCUCUCCCUCCAUCAGAGUGCCGCCUCCUCCCUCUUGGUCACAGGGGACUUCCGAAAGAAGAGGUGCAGGUUCUGUGUCCCCAAACACUGCCAGCCAAGAGGAGAGUGAUCAGAUUUGCUUGUUCCAUAUCUGGAAGAGUUGUAGCUUUCAAGAUAAGUGCAGCAGAGUUCACUUCCAUUUGCCAUAUCGAUGGCAAGUCUUAGACGGAGGCAAGUGGAAGGAUUUGCGCAAAAUGGAGCUUGUUGAAGAGGCCUAUAGCAAUCCUGCAAGAGACGGGGUCACGUGCACCGAGUCAGCCAAUAGCUUUCUCGUUGGUUUUCUGAACUUUAACUCCAUGAUGUUCGGUGCCAUCUGUGCUCGCCGCCUCUCCACGGCCUCCUCGGUCACCAAACCUCCACACUUUAUCCUCACCACUGACUGGGUUUGGUACUGGAACGAUGAAUUUGGCUUUUGGCAGGAGUACGGAAGACAAGGCAUGGAGCACCCCGUGACCAGCGUCAGCAGCAGCGAUUUGGAGAAGGCCUACCUGGCGUACUGUGCCGCAGGGUCUGACCCCAAGGCUGCCGCUCUGAGGUUCCAGGCAGGAAAGCACACGUACGAAUUAGACUUCAAAGCCUUCGUUCAGAAAAACCUGGUCUAUGGCACAGUUAGAAAGGUUUGCCGGAGACCCAAAUACGUAUCUCCCCAGGAUGUGAAGAUGAAGCAGAGCUGCGUCAAUUCCCAAGGCCUAAAGAGCAUCCCUGAGCAUUGGGACCACUUGGCCCUGCUGGACACCGGCUUUAAGAGGAUCGCCCUCCCUUCGUCCUCAGAGGAGUUUCAAAAGGUCUGGAACCUCUUCACCAAUACGAUGCCUCUCUGCCACGUUCAGAAGAUUGAGCGGGUCCAGAACGUGGCUCUCUGGGAAGUCUACCAGUGGCAGAAGGAGCAGAUGCAGAAGAGAAACGGCGGGAAGACAGUGGAUGAGAGGCAGCUGUUCCACGGCACCAGCACCGGUUUCGUUGACGCCAUCUGCCAGCAGAACUUUGACUGGCGGGUCAGUGGUCUUCAUGGCACUUCCUAUGGCAGGGGGAGCUACUUUGCCCGGGACGCCGCAUAUUCCCACCACUACAGCAAAACUGACACCAAGUCCUACACGAUGUUCCUGGCUCGGGUGCUGGUGGGCGAAUUCGUCCGAGGCAACGCCAACUUCGUCCGCCCCCCGGCCAAGGAGGGCCAGGGCAACGUCUUGUACGACAGCUGCGUGAACCACGUGUCUGACCCCUCCAUCUUCGUGGUCUUCGAGAAGCACCAGGCCUACCCGGAGUACGUCAUCCAGUACACCGACUCCCCCAGGCCCACUGCCGCCGCCACCAGCCUGCUCUCCUUGGCGUCCUUCUUCAGUGCUCGGCCGUGAGCACCCCGAUGGUUUUAUGCCUUUCUGGUUGAUCUUACUUGAAAUAGCUAUUAGGGAAAGUUGGGGGUUUUUUGAACAAAAAACUUUUAAUGAACUGUUCAUUUAACAUUGACUUCUUGAUGAAGUUACAUUCUUAAUCUCUGGCUGAUAAUAUUUUCACUUUUAAGUCACUUUUGGACUAGCCAGUAGUGAUUGUAGGUGAACCCAUUAUUGCUUUUUACUCAGGUGUUAAAGUUUUAUGUUUUACUCUCUGUUGACUUUGCUGCAGAUUGGCACCAGGCACAGAGUUUCCAGACACUAUUUUAUCAAUUGGUUUUAAUUUUCAAGAGUUUCUGUCUCUUCAGUGGUUUGUUUUUUCAGGGUCUUGGUGGCACCUGGUUUUGUUUUUGUCCGAAUGACACAGCAGCCAUUGGUGCCGGAAAUCCUGGGUUGUGGGCCUGCUGAGGCACAGUCAUCUUGUCCAUUGCUGUGUCUCUAAUCUAGGCGGCUCUUCUGCUGCUUCUGCUGGGCUUCCAGCCUUGAAAUUGGCCCAUACAUCACGUUGUUAGGACCAUGGCUACUGUGUGGUGUCACUGAGUCCCUGUCGGUCUCCCUUAGUCCUGGCAGCAGUCACCGUCACCCAGGAAGUGCACUCACCCUGGCAGGUGCCUCUGCACCGAGCACCCUGUGAAUAAGGGUUUUAUGUCCCCAUGAGAUCUGAAUACCUGUGCUGCAGUGUCACAGCAGAGCCUGGGAAUAAAAGAAUAUUUAUCUGA